AUGAAUAAAAUUUUAUUAAUUGCUCUUCUGUUAUUAUGUAUCUCUGGAAGGAGAUUCCAUAAACAAGAUGAAGAAAAUCUACCAGGAUAAAAUAGUGAAGAAGAAUAAUCAUAGUCCUAAAAUGGAGAAGAUUAAUAAAGUGAAGAAGAAAACAGUUAGCCAGCUGAUGACUGGCCUACAGGUGAGGAUGAUGGUGAACAUUAAUGGACAAGUGAGGAGGAAGAAAAUGGUGGAGAAGGAGAAAAUAGUGAAGAGGGUUAAGGAGAAGGUGAAGAUGAAGGAGAAGGUGAAGGAGAAGGUGAAGAUUAAGGAGAAGAUGAAGACCAAGGUGAGGGAGAAGAUCAAGGUGAAGGGGAAGGACAAGGAGAAGAUUAAGGUGAAGGAGAUAAUGGAGAUAAUAGUGAAAAUGGAGACAAUGGUGACAAUGGAGACAAUGGUGACAAUGGAGACAAUGGAGACAAUGGUGACAAUGGUGACAAUGGAGACAAUGGAGACAAUGGAGAUGAAAAUAGAAAGUAGAGUAGAGUCCAUAAAAAAUUAAAUGAACACUUUAGAGGAAGACCUUGAAUCAAUAACAUUUGAUCAUAAGAUUUUCUAACAGUAAAUGUUAAAU